AUGAAGUCGUCUAUUCUCUUUCUUGGAGCGUUGGCCGCAGCAGCCCUGGCCGCGCCGGCUGCUAACGACAAACAUGUCCUGCACGAGCGACGAGACAUUCUGCCCAGUUCGUGGAACCAAGCCCGGCGGGUGGAUGGCAGGACCAAGCUGCCCAUGAGAAUCGGGCUGACGCAGUCCAACCUGGACAGAAUGCAUGACCUCCUCAUGGAUGUCGCGCAUCACCACUCCCCCAACUACGGGAAAUACUACACUGCUGAGGAGGUCCACGACCUGUUUGCUCCCUCGGAGGACUCAGUUGCUGCGGUCCGCAACUGGCUGGAGUCGGCCGGAAUUGCCAGCGACCGCAUCUCCCAGUCGCACAACAAGCAAUGGAUUCAGUUCGAUGCCGACGCUGAAGAGGUCGAACGUCUGCUGCACACGGAGUACUAUAUCUACGACAGCGAAGAGACGGGCAAGUCCCACCUCGGCUGCGAAGAGUACUACGUCCCCCACCAUGUUCGUGAACACAUUGACUACAUCACGCCCGGCGUCAAGUCCAUCGCCGUUUCUAAGCCCCGUCCGGUCAACCACCUGGGGAAACGCACAUUCGGAUGGAAACACCCUCAGCCGCCGUUGGUGAAGCCGCUGCCCAAUGGCGUGACCCUGCAGAACCUCAUUGAUUGGGUGGUGUCAUUGGCGACGCAGACCUGUGAUGUGGCCAUCACUCCUCCGUGCAUCAAGAAGAUGUACAACAUCACCGAGGGCGACAAGGCAACGCCAGGCAACGAAUUGGGCAUAUUCGAGGAUCUGGCCGACUACUACAGUCAGCAAGACUUGGACUUGUUCUUCGCGUCUCUUGCUUCAAACAUCCCGAAAGGCACUCACCCGACCCUGCACAGCAUCGACAAUGGUACCGCGCCAACAACGAAGGCGUUUGGGGCUGGCCCAGAGUCGGAUCUCGACUUCCAGAUCUCGUAUCCGAUCAUCUGGCCCCAGAACUCGAUCCUGUUCCAGACGGACGACCCCAACUACGAGGCGAAUUACACCUUUGACGGAUUCUUCAACAACUUCCUCGAUGCCAUCGAUGGCUCAUACUGCUCGUACUCGGCCUAUGGCGAGACGGGCAAUUCCGACAUCGACCCGCCCUACCCGGACCCGGCCCCGAACGGCUACAAGGGCCAGCUGCAGUGUGGCGUCUGGAAGCCGACCAACGUCAUCUCCAUCUCGUAUGGCGGCGGGGAGGCGUACCUGCCCAUGUCGUACCAGCGUCGCCAGUGCGACGAGUUCGCAAAGCUGGGGUUGCAGGGUGUCUCCGUCGUGGUGGCGUCGGGCGAUUCCGGCGUCGCUGCGAGCGGCGGCUGUCUCGGUGACAAGGGCCAGAUCUUCGCUCCGGAUUUCCCGGCGUCGUGCCCGUACAUCACCACAGUGGGCUCGACGUACCUGCCGCCCGGCGCCAGCCCGGACUCGGACCAGGAGGUGGCUACCUCGAGGUUCGGCUCCGGCGGCGGGUUCAGCAACAUCUACCCGCAGCCCGACUACCAGAAGGACGCAGUAACCAACUACUUCAACACGGCGAAGCCGUCGUACCCGUACUACGAGACGACCUACAACCAGAGUGUCGGGGCCAACGGCGGCAUCUACAACCGCAUCGGGCGCGGCUACCCGGACGUCUCGGCGAUCGGCGACAACGUAGUGAUCUUCAACAAUGGUGCGCCCACGCUCAUCGGGGGCACGUCUGCGUCGGCGCCGGUCUUCGCGUCGAUUCUGACGCGCAUCAACGAGGAGCGGCUGGCGCAGAACAAGUCGACGGUCGGGUUCGUCAACCCGAUCCUGUACGCGCACCCGGAGGUGUUCCACGACAUCACGUCGGGCAACAACCCAGGCUGCAACACGAACGGGUUCAACGCGUCGGUCGGCUGGGACCCUGUGACGGGGCUGGGGACGCCCAACUACCCGAAGUUGCUGGAGCUGUUUUUGCAGUAA